AAGAUGGCGGCUGAAGGCGAUCCGGAGUGGGGCCCCAGCAAUUCGGAUUGAGCCUUCUCCCUCCACCCGCUUCCGCCGGCCGGGCCCCUCCCGCCCGGCCCCGCGGGCCUCCCCACCCGGCCCCGGCGCCCCCCACCGCCACCCCUCCGCCCGCCCCUCCCCCCUCCGCUUUCCCUUCUCCCCCCGCCUCGGCUCCGACAUGAGGGGCCGGCGGGGCAGGCCGCCCAAGCAGCCCGCGGCUCCCGCUGCGGAGCGCUGCGCCCCGGCCCCGCCGCCGCCGCCGCCGCCUACGUCCGGACCCAUCGGGGGGCUCCGCUCGCGGCACCGCGGCAGCAGCCGGGGCAGGUGGGCCGCCGCCCAGGCUGAGGUGGCGCCCAAGACGCGGCUGAGCUCGCCCAGGGGGGGCAGCAGUAGCCGGAGGAAGCCGCCGCCACCGCCGGCCCCCCCUAGCACCAGCGCCCCGGGCCGGGGGGGGCGAGGAGGCGGGGGCGGCAGGACGGGGGGCGGGGGCGGCGGCGGCCACCUGGCCCGGACCACCCCGGCCCGGAGGGCCGUCAACAAAGUGGUGUACGAUGACCACGAGAGUGAGGAGGAAGAGGAGGAGGAGGACAUGGUCUCCGAGGAGGAGGAGGAGGAGGAGGACGGCGAGGCUGAGGAGACCCAGGAUUCCGAGGACGACGAGGAGGAUGAGAUGGAAGAGGACGACGAUGACUCCGAUUAUCCGGAGGAGAUGGAAGACGACGACGACGACGACGCCAGUUAUUGCACGGAAAGCAGCUUCAGGAGCCAUAGCACCUAUAGCAGCACUCCAGGUAGGCGAAAACCGAGAGUACAUCGGCCUCGUUCUCCAAUAUUGGAAGAAAAAGACAUCCCACCCCUUGAAUUUCCCAAGUCCUCUGAGGAUUUAAUGGUGCCUAAUGAGCAUAUAAUGAAUGUUAUUGCCAUUUAUGAGGUACUGCGGAACUUUGGUACAGUUUUAAGGUUAUCUCCUUUUCGCUUUGAGGACUUUUGUGCAGCUCUGGUGAGUCAAGAGCAGUGCACACUUAUGGCGGAGAUGCACGUAGUGCUUUUGAAAGCAGUUUUGCGUGAAGAAGACACCUCCAAUACUACCUUUGGACCUGCCGAUCUGAAAGAUAGCGUGAAUUCCACGCUGUAUUUCAUCGAUGGCAUGACGUGGCCAGAGGUGCUGCGGGUGUACUGUGAGAGUGACAAGGAGUACCAUCAUGUCCUUCCUUACCAAGAAGCAGAGGACUAUCCUUAUGGACCAGUAGAGAACAAAAUCAAAGUUCUGCAGUUCUUAGUCGAUCAGUUUCUUACCACAAACAUUGCUCGUGAGGAGUUGAUGUCUGAAGGGGUGAUCCAGUACGAUGACCACUGUAGGGUUUGUCACAAACUCGGGGAUUUGCUUUGCUGUGAGACCUGCUCAGCAGUGUACCAUUUGGAAUGUGUGAAGCCGCCUCUCGAGGAGGUGCCAGAGGAUGAGUGGCAGUGUGAAGUCUGUGUAGCACAUAAGGUUCCUGGUGUGACUGACUGCGUUGCUGAAAUCCAAAAAAACAAACCAUAUAUUCGACAUGAACCUAUUGGAUAUGACAGAAGUCGGAGGAAAUACUGGUUCUUAAACCGAAGACUCAUAAUAGAAGAAGAUACGGAAAAUGAAAAUGAAAAGAAAAUUUGGUACUACAGCACAAAGGUCCAGCUUGCAGAAUUAAUUGACUGUCUAGACAAAGAUUACUGGGAAGCAGAACUCUGCAAAAUCCUAGAAGAAAUGCGUGAAGAAAUCCACCGGCACAUGGACAUAACUGAAGACCUGACCAAUAAGGCUCGGGGCAGUAAUAAAUCCUUUCUGGCGGCAGCUAAUGAAGAAAUUUUGGAAUCUAUAAGAGCCAAAAAAGGAGACAUUGAUAUUGUUAAAAGUCCAGAAGAAAUAGAAAAGGAGAAGAAUGAGACUGAGAAUAAUAACUCCAAAGAUGCUGAGAAAAGCAGAGAGGAGUUUGAAGACCAGAGUCUUGAAAAAGACAGUGAUGACAAAACACCAGAUGAUCCUGAGCAAGGAAAAUCUGAGGAGCCAACAGAAGUUGGGGAUAAAGGUAACUCUGUGUCAGCAAAUCUUGGCGACAACACAACAAAUGCUUCUUCAGAAGAGACUAGUCCCUCUGAAGGGAGGAGUCCCAUGGGGUGUCUCUCAGAAACCCAUGAUAGCAGCAACAUGGCAGAGAAGAAGGUGGCAUCUGAGCUCCCCCAGGAUGUGCCAGAAGAACCUAACAAGACAUGUGACAGCAGUAACACUAGUGCUACCACUACCUCCACCCAGCCUAAUCUGGAAAACAGUAACAGCAGCAGUGAACUAAAUUCUUCCCAGAGUGAAUCUGCUAAGGCAGCUGAUGAUCCUGAAAAUGGAGAAAGAGAAUCUCAUACACCUGUCUCUAUUCAAGAAGAGAUAGGUGAUUUCAAAUCAGAGAAGUCUAAUGGGGAAAUAAGUGAGUCUCCUGGAGGUGGAAGAGGAGCGUCUGGUUCAACUCGGAUUAUCACCAGGUUACGGAAUCCAGACAGCAAACUGAGUCAGCUGAAGAGCCAACAGGUGGCAGCCGCAGCCCACGAAGCAAAUAAAUUAUUUAAGGAGGGGAAAGAGGUACUGGUAGUUAAUUCUCAAGGAGAAAUUUCACGGUUGAGCACCAAAAAGGAAGUGGUCAUGAAGGGAAAUAUCAACAAUUAUUUUAAGUUGGGUCAAGAGGGAAAGUAUCGCGUCUACCACAAUCAGUACUCCACCAAUUCAUUUGCUUUGAAUAAGCACCAGCACAGAGAAGACCAUGAUAAGAGAAGGCAUCUUGCACAUAAAUUCUGUCUGACUCCAGCUGGAGAGUUCAAAUGGAAUGGUUCUGUCCAUGGAUCCAAAGUUCUUACCAUAUCUACUCUGAGACUGACUAUCACCCAGUUGGAAAACAAUAUCCCUUCCUCCUUUCUUCAUCCCAACUGGGCUUCACACAGGGCAAAUUGGAUCAAGGCCGUUCAGAUGUGUAGCAAACCCAGAGAAUUUGCGUUGGCUUUAGCUAUUUUGGAGUGUGCAGUUAAACCAGUUGUGAUGCUCCCAAUCUGGCGGGAAUCUUUAGGACAUACCAGGUUACAUAGAAUGACAUCAAUUGAAAGAGAAGAAAAGGAGAAAGUCAAAAAAAAAGAGAAAAAACAAGAAGAGGAAGAAACAAUGCAACAAGCUACAUGGGUAAAAUAUACGUUUCCAGUUAAACAUCAGGUUUGGAAACAAAAAGGAGAGGAAUACAGAGUAACAGGAUAUGGUGGUUGGAGCUGGAUUAGUAAAACUCAUGUUUAUAGGUUUGUUCCUAAAUUGCCAGGCAAUACUAAUGUGAAUUACAGAAAGUCAUUAGAAGAAACUAAAAAUAAUAUGGAUGAAAAUAUGGAUGAAUCAGAUAGAAGAAAAAGUCCACGAAGUCCAAAAAAAAUAAAAACAGAGUCUGAUUCUGAGAAAGGCGAGGUAAAAGAUUCAGAUGCUACAAAGGGAGCAGACCAAAGUGAAAUGGACAUUUCAAAGGUUACUGAGAAGAAGGACCAAGAUGUAAAAGAAGUUUUAGACUCUGACAAUGAUAAAUCCUUUAAGGAAGAACCGAUGGAAAUAGAUGAUGAUGUGAAAACAGAGUCACAUAUAAAUUGUCAGGAAAGUUCUCAAGUAGAUGUGGUCAAUGUCAGUGAGGGUUUUCAUCUAAGGACUAGUUAUAAAAAGAAAAUCAAAUCAUCCAAACUAGAUGGACUUCUUGAAAGGAGAAUUAAACAGUUUACACUGGAAGAAAAACAACGCCACGAGAAAAUGAAGUUGGAGGGUGGAAUUAAGGGUAUAGGAAAGACCUGCACAAGUUCUUCGAAAAGCCUGUCUGAAUCAUCAGUAAUAACAAAAGUAAAAGAAGGGUGUCAAAGUGACUUGCUUACACAAGAACAGAGCUCUAAUGCAAGUAACGAUAAAUCUGAAGACUUGAUUCGGGGAUGUUCACAAAAUGAUUCCUCAAUUCUUGGAAUCAGUGAUCCUGAUCAUACAACAAACAAACUUUAUUCAAAAGAUCAAAUGCUAGAUGAUGCCUCCAUUCAGAGCGCAGAGACAAACUGUCAGAAACAAAAUUCUGUUCGAAAUGACGUAAAUGAGAGUCUCUCUGACCCUGCCAGUAAAGGCCAGGAGCCCAGUAAGAUUAAAACAAAAGGAAGUGAUUUUCUCAUUGAUGACGCUAAACUAGCCAGUGCAGAUGAAAUUGGUACUUUGAUCUAUAAGAACAAAAAACCACUCAUACAGGAAGAUAAUGACACCAUUGUAUCUCCUUCCCAGAGCCCUUUACUUCCAUCAGUACCUAAAAGUACUGAUGAUAGAGAUAUCCCAUCUCUGUCAAAAGCAAUAGACUUUGAAGGAAAAUUGGGAUGUGAUUCUGAAUAUAAUAGCACUUUGGAAAAUAGUUCUGAUACUAUGUCUAUUCAAGACAGCAGUGAAGAAGAUAUGAUUGUUCAGAAUAGCAAUGAAAGUAUUUCUGAACAGUUAAUAACUCAAGAACAAGGUAGUGAAGGCUUAGAACCAUUGAAACAUGAGUUUGUUUCAGAUAAGACCACUGGAAACUGUGGCGACAGGCUGCAGGCUAAGGUAAAUGAAGCAAAUGGUAAAAAAACAAGUCAAGAUCAGAAAUUAGAGGAGAGACCACUUAAUAAAUGUAUCGAUCAAAUCAAUCUGAAAAAUGUCACUGACAAAAAGAAUAAUGAAAACCGAGAGUCUGAAAAGAAAGGACAGAAAGCAAGUACCUUUCAAAUAAAUGGAAAAGAUAAUAAACCUAAAGUAUAUUUGAAAGGUGAAUGCUUGAAAGACAUUUCUGAGAGUAAAGUAGGAAGUUGUGACAUUGAACCAAAGGUUAAUAAUAUAAAUAAAAUAAUUCCUGAAAAUGAUAUUAAGUCUUUGACUGUUAAAGAAUCUGCUGUAAAGCCAUUCAUGAAUGGUGAUGUCAUCAUGGAAGAUUUUAAUGAAAAAAACAACUUGGAAACAAAAUCAUGUUUACUGAGGUCUUCGGAUACUGAAGGCGACUACCAAGAUCGCCUAGAGACCCUGCCAUCAACCAAACAGUCUGAGGGUACCCAAGCUACCACGCCUCUACCAUCUUGUCCAGAAAGCAGCAGUUCAGCCAAUCAGGAAGAAGACAUGGAAAUUGAAACCUGCGAAGUUAAGAAAGUUACUUCAUCUCCUGUUACUUCUGGAGAGGACUCUAACUUCAGUAAUGAUUUUAUUGAUGAAAAUGGCCCGCCCACCAACAAAGAUGAAAAUGUCAAUGGAGAAUCUAAAAGAAAAACAGUCAUCACAGAAGUCACCACCAUGACGUCCACAGUAGCCACAGAAUCAAAAACCGUAAUUAAGGUAGCAAAAGUUGAUAAGCAGACUGUGGUCUCUUCCACAGAAAAUUGUGCCAAGUCCACUGUCACAACCACCACUACAACGGUAACAAAGCUUUCCACGCCCUCCACCGGCAGCAGUGUGGACAUAAUCUCUGUGAAGGAGCAGAGCAAAACUGUGGUCACCACGACAGUGACAGACUCACUGACCACCGCAGGAGGCACUCUGGUAACAUCUAUGACCGUGAGCAAAGAAUAUUCCACAAGAGACAAAGUGAAACUCAUGAAGUUUUCAAGACCCAAGAAGACUCGUUCAGGUACAGCUCUGCCAUCGUACAGAAAGUUCAUCACCAAGAGCAGCAAGAAGAGCAUAUUUGUUUUGCCCAAUGAUGACCUAAAAAAAUUGGCCAGAAAAGGAGGAAUCCGAGAAGUCCCUUAUUUUAAUUAUAAUGCAAAACCUGCCUUGGAUAUAUGGCCAUAUCCUUCUCCUAGACCAACCUUUGGUAUCACUUGGAGGUAUAGACUUCAGACUGUGAAGUCCUUAGCUGGAGUGAGUCUUAUGUUGCGGUUACUGUGGGCAAGUCUGAGAUGGGAUGACAUGGCAGCCAAGGCUCCUCCAGGAGGAGGGACUACACGGACAGAAACAUCUGAAACUGAAAUCACAACAACAGAAAUAAUUAAGAGGCGAGAUGUUGGUCCUUAUGGCAUUCGAUCUGAAUAUUGUAUCAGGAAAAUCAUCUGCCCCAUUGGAGUUCCAGAAGCACCAAAAGAAACACCUACGCCUCAGAGGAAAGGCCUUCGAUCGAGUGCCUUGCGGCCAAAGAGACCAGAAACGCCCAAGCAAACUGGCCCUGUUAUUAUUGAAACCUGGGUAGCAGAGGAAGAGUUGGAAUUAUGGGAGAUCAGGGCGUUUGCUGAGAGAGUGGAGAAAGAAAAGGCACAAGCAGUUGAGCAACAGGCUAAGGUUAGUGAACAGAAGAAGGCAGAGGACUUCAAGGCCCAAAUGGAGGCUCAUCUCAAACAGCAGCGAUUGGCUGCCCAGCAGAAACGAUUGGAACAGCAGAAGCCUACAGUAAUUGCAGCUUCCACUACUUCCCCAACAAACAGUACAACUAGUACCAUCUCUCCAGCACAGAAAGUUAUGGUGGCCCCCAUAAGUGGCUCAGUUACAACUGGCACUAAAAUGGUACUAACUACUAAAGUUGGAUCUCCAGCUACAGUAACAUUCCAGCAGAACAAGAACUUUCAUCAGACCUUUGCUACCUGGGUUAAACAAGGCCAGUCAAAUUCAGCCACCAGCACAGCUGCCACAUCUGCUACAACCAUUGCCAGCACAGGUCAGACGUUCCAAAUUACAGGCAAUCCAGUCACUAUGGCAGGAAAAGUAAUUACCAAACUGCCACUUCCUGCAAACAGCAAGAUUGUCGCUGUAAAUGUGCCAGCAACGCAAGGAGGCGUUGUUCAAGUACAGCAGAAAGUCCUGGGUAUCAUUCCAUCCAGUACAGGUACAAGUCAGCAAACCUUUACUUCAUUCCAGCCCAGGACAGCAACAGUCACGAUUAGGCCCAAUACCUCAAGCUCUGGAGGAACUACAAGCACUUCCCAAGUAAUCACAGGGCCUCAGAUCCGCCCUGGUAUGACGGUGAUUAGAACACCACUCCAACAGUCAACACUAGGAAAGGCAAUUAUUCGAACACCUGUGAUGGUACAGCCAGGUACUCCUCAACAGGUUGUGACGCAGAUCAUCAGAGGGCAGCCUGUUUCCACUGCGAUCUCUGCCCCUAGUACAGUUUCCUCAACACCUGCACAGAAAGGACUAACUUCAGGAGCACCCACUGCAAGUCUACAGCCUUCAACCUCACAGCCCCCUCGCCCCCAGCAAGGACAGGUGAAGCUUACCAUGGCUCAACUCACCCAGUUAACACAGGGCCACGGUGGCAAUCAAGGUUUGACAGUAGUGAUUCAAGGACAAGGCCAAACUACUGGACAGUUGCAGUUGAUACCUCAAGGGGUGACUAUACUUCCCGGUCCAGGACAGCAGCUGAUGCAAGCCGCAAUGCCAAAUGGUACCGUCCAGCGGUUCCUCUUCACCCCACUGGCAACAACGGCCACGGCAACCAGCAGCACCACCACCACUGUUUCCACUACAGCAGCAGGUACAGGUGAACAAAGACAGAGUAAAUUAUCGCCCCUGACACAGGUGCAGCCAGCCAAGAGCCUGCCUCCAGCUCAGCCGUCGAGCGUGAGUCCUGCAGAAGCCCAGCCUCAGACUGCUCAGCCCGCACAGCCCCAGCCCCCAACCCAACCCCCGUCCCCAGCUCAGCCUGAAGCCCAGACCCAAGCAACUUCUGCCUCCCACGUCCCUCCUGAAGCACAGCCCACCCAAGCACAGUCCUCCAAACCCCAAGGUGCAGGACAGUGUCAGCCUCAGAGUAAUGUCCAAGGACAGUCUCCUGCUCGUGUCCAGAGUCCACCACAGACUCGAAUGCGUCCAUCAACUCCAUCCCAAGUGUCUCCUGGACAGCAGUCCCAGGGUCAGACUACAGCCUCACAGCCGAUUCCAAUUCAGCCACACACAUCUCUUCAGCCACCUUCCCAGGGCCAGCCACAGUCACAACCCCAGGUACAGUCUUCAACUCAAACUCUUUCAUCAGGACAAACGUUAAGCCAAGUUACUGUUUCGUCCCCAUCCCGUCCUCUGCUCCAAGUACGGCAGCCUCAGCCCCAAGUCCUUGCUGUGCCGCAGCUGCAACAAGUCCAGGUUCUCUCCCAGAUCCAGUCACAGGUUGUGGCUCAGAUACAGGCUCAGCAAGGUGGUGUGCCCCAGCAGAUCAAACUCCAGGUCCCCGUUCAGAUGCAGCAGAGCAGCCCUGUGCAGACUCAUCAGAUUCAGAAUGUGGUUACAGUGCAGGCAGCCAGUGUGCAAGAGCAGUUGCAAAGGGUUCAGCAACUCAGGGAUCAGCAGCAAAAGAAGAAGCAGCAACAGAUAGAAAUUAAGCGGGAACACACCCUCCAAGCUUCUAAUCAAAGUGAAAUCAUUCAGAAACAGGUGGUGAUGAAGCAUAAUGCUGUAAUAGAACAUUUAAAACAGAAAAAGACCAUGACUCCAGCUGAAAGAGAAGAGAAUCAAAGAAUGAUUGUCUGUAACCAGGUGAUGAAGUAUAUUUUGGAUAAGAUAGAUAAAGAAGAAAAACAGGCAGCAAAAAAACGGAAGCGAGAGGAGAGCGUGGAACAGAAACGUAGCAAACAGAAUGCCAGCAAGCUCUCUGCACUGCUCUUCAAGCACAAAGAGCAACUCAAAGCCGAAAUACUGAAGAAGAGAGCACUGCUAGACAAAGACCUACAAAUUGAAGUGCAGGAAGAGCUCAAGAGGGACCUGAAAAUUAAGAAGGAAAAAGACAUGAUGCAGGCCACAGCUGUCGCUGCCACCUCCCCCGCCGCAGCACCGGCACCUCCAGCCCCUCCGCCUUCCCCGCCACCUCCGCCCCCGCCGCAGCACUCGGGCCCCCUAGCCACGGCCACGACCACGGCCACGCUGCCUGUGGCUUCCCAGAAGAGGAAGCGAGAAGAGGAAAGAGACUCAAGCUCCAAGUCGAAGAAGAAGAAAAUGAUCUCUACUACCUCAAAGGAAACGAAGAAGGACACAAAGCUUUACUGUAUUUGUAAAACGCCUUACGAUGAAUCUAAAUUUUAUAUUGGCUGUGAUCGGUGUCAGAAUUGGUACCAUGGGCGCUGCGUUGGCAUCUUGCAAAGUGAGGCAGAACUCAUUGACGAGUAUGUCUGUCCACAGUGCCAGUCAACAGAGGAUGCCAUGACAGUGCUCACGCCGCUAACAGAGAAAGAUUACGAGGGUUUGAAGAGGGUGCUGCGUUCUUUACAGGCCCAUAAGAUGGCCUGGCCUUUCCUUGAACCAGUGGAUCCUAAUGAUGCACCAGAUUAUUACGGUGUUAUUAAGGAACCUAUGGACCUCGCCACCAUGGAAGAAAGAGUACAAAGAAGAUAUUAUGAAAAGCUGACAGAAUUUGUAGCAGAUAUGACCAAAAUUUUUGAUAAUUGUCGUUACUACAAUCCAAGUGAUUCUCCUUUUUACCAGUGUGCAGAAGUUCUUGAAUCAUUCUUUGUACAGAAAUUGAAAGGAUUCAAGGCUAGCAGGUCUCAUAACAACAAACUGCAGUCUACAGCUUCUUAAAGUUCAGCGUGUUAACCUAACAUAAAACACAGCAAGAAUCUGGUUGAACUGUUUUAAAUUAAGGAGCCAGAUGUUUUUAGUCAGGUUAUCCUGACAAGACUUGACCUAAACUUCGUUUUUAUUGGUCAUAACAGUCCAAUUAUAUUCUUGGCCAAUUUUGUCCAACGGACAAGGGAAAAGCAAAGUCAACGACACCAUUAUCUUGUCAAGAUCAAAUGGUUUUACUAUUGUGGCAGAAGCGGGAAAACUUUGUUUAUUGAAGAAAAAAAAAAGAAAGAAAGAAAGAAAAAAAGAUAAUAUGGGGUCAAGUGUAACUCCAUGGAAAUGCCACGUCUGCUCUUCAGUGAAGAAGCUGGUUUAGAGUCUCACAGAAAACUUUCGACUGUAUUUAUUUAUUGUUGCAAAAAAGACGCUUUUUUAUUGCUGCCCUCAUUUGUCAGCUAAUUAUUUUUUCUUAUAAAAUCCAGGCCGGUUACAUGUAAUCCAUUCUGUAUCUUAUCAUGAUUCCUGUAGGUAAAAGUACAAGACGACCUCUAGAUGUCUUUUCUUUCUAUGAAAGGAGCUGCUAUGUACACAUGUGCACACACACACAACUGGGAAUCAACAAUGAGUUUAUUGUUCAUAGUAGAUAAAAAUUAAGCUUGCAUAAAGGUUGGGCUAGUGGUCCUGGACUACAGACUCUGUUGCCUUGAAUAUAACAGUACAAUUUGUCAUUUACUCUGCACCAGGUUAAAAUGAGUAAAAUCUAUUUGAAGGUAUCUUGUUUGUAAACAUUUGUCAGAUUCUAAUUUUUUUUCUUUUUGUAUUAAAAUUCAAUUAUGGAUGUAUAUGAAACAAAAUAAAUGGAGAUAAUUUUUCUCCCACAGACGGUG